AUGGCCCCUCGGCCACACCUCCGCCUGAGUGCGGAGCAUCUGGUUAUGUUCGAGAACCACUUCAAGCUGGUAGACAGCAAUGGAGAUGGUUGCAUCAACCAGUCCGAGUUCCGACUGCUCUUCCGGUCGUUCGGCCAGGCCAUAACGAACAAGCGUCUCGACCAGAUAGUCGAGGGUAGGUUGACUGCUCAUGCGGAAAUCGGUAACAAUGUUUCAGAGGCAUUCAAGAACGCUCCGUCAACAGGCGUGGACUUUGAGGCCUUUGUGAACAUUUUUGUGCAACACUUCACCCCACCGCCCACCGAAAGAGCGGUGAGGGAGGCCCUGAUGUUGUUCGACAAGAAUAACACGGGUUUCAUCGACACGAGGGAGCUCAUAAGGCUACUCACAACGCGCGGGGAGAAGCUCGAGCAGUCGGAGGUGAACUACCUCUUCGAGCUGCUGGGCAUCCCGCAGAGCACCCCGCGCAUAGACUACGUCACAUUCGUCGAAGAUAUAUAUCGCAUGAUGCCAAUAUUACCAAACCGAAAGGUCUGA